AAUUUAAAAGUAUUUUCCGUCAGGCACUUACUCGCACACAUGCGACUUUUACGUCACUCAUAUCAUUACCUAGGAUGAGUGCGCCAUUUUGGCUCAAACAAACUCAGAAUUAUUUUAUCAACAUUAAGUGCUUUUAAAUGAUUUUUAUUAUAUUUUAUUUACUAAACGUUUUCUGUAGAAUUUCUAGUUUUUACAAGUUAACAUUUUUACUGAAUUUAUGUUUAUGUUGUCCUUGCAUCGCAAAAGUCGUUGCUAAAAAUAAUGGUAAAAAGUCUCAAGUGAGCCAGAUCACUGUUUUUGAAAAAAUCGUGACCGUGUAACUUUAUUUAUUAGUGUGUAAUGGGUGGCUGCUCCGCUCCGAAUUGCUCCAAUUCAUCCAGUAUAGGCAAACAGUUGUUUAGGUUUCCUAAAGAUCCCCUGCGGAAGAAAAAAUGGGUGAUGAACUGUCGACGUGACUUUGAACCGACCCCUCACUCCAGACUGUGUCAAGAUCAUUUUGAGCAGAAUCAGUUUGAGGAAAUAGCCAGGUCAUCAGCUGGUGGGAAGAAGCUGAAGCCAAACGCUAUUCCCACUUUGUUCAGUGCUGGAGAACCUCCCUACCCUGCAGUCACAUCUCCAUACAUCCUGCUACCACUGAAACCUGAACCAGUGGAAAAGGAGCUCAAUUUUGGGGAUCAUGGCUAUGCCAGACGUUCCCUGCUGCCUGGGAUGGAAGAGGAGGAUGCAGAAAGGACGGAUGGACACCAGCAUCACUGCACACAGUGUCAACUCCUCAAGAAAAAGCUAGAGCAGGAGAUGCAGCACACUGCAAGACUGCAAAGAGAGGCUGAGGAGAUGAAGAAGCGUCUGUACCGGCUCGAUCGGAUCGAGAAGGGCCUCCAGAACUUUCUGUACGAAGACCAAGUUAGGGCUCUGUCCCUCGCCAAGCGCUCGCGUCGAGCUGUCUGGUCACCAGAGACAAUCCUGAAAGCCAGAAAGAUCCGCUGUGCUGUUGGAACCAAAGGCUACGAGUACCUGAGAGAGAUCGGCUACCCUCUGCCCUCCUACAGGACUCUGUGUAACCGCUUGGAGACUAAGAUCAUGGUGACGACUGACAUGAGCUGCGAGGAGCUGGCUGAGCUGGGCCUGGGACUUAUGGCGACGUGUGACAGUCCAACAGAAGAUGUGGGAGACAACGAAGAGGAACUGAUUGGUGUUUUGUCCUGAUCCCAGCAGAGCGUGUGAAUCAGUGACUCUCAAAAAGCACAGACUGGGUAAAGAUUUUAAUCUGCAGCUGUAAAUAUUAGAUGCAUGAACAUUUAUAAAAGAGAUUCAUGCAUGUGUCUCGGCACACUAUGAGAUGUUUCAUAGAUGCAUUUGCUCAGGUGAGUUGUGACGCUCUUGAAACACGAAUUUUGUGGAAAAUUUGCACAGUGUGUGUUUUUUGGUGAAUUUGCUGCUUGUUCUGAAGUGAAGUGUCUCUCAUCUGAAAGCUCUUCUGGUUCCAUUAAACAUAAAAAUAUUUGGGAUAAAUAAGUCAAAUGGGUAUGUUUGAGUUUUUAUGGGAUGCUGAACCCAACCUGGAUUUAUUGAAAGCAUGUGUUUUAGUUUUGGUGAAGUCAUUUUUUGAGGAUGCGUCUCCAGAUAUAAAUCUUGAAAAGGCUUUAAACAAAAAUGGAUGUGAUCUCUUUUGUACAAUUCUUCUUCUAUAAGAAGUUUUAUCAAUAAUAAAGUUAAAUAAUUUAAACGUA